AUCAGUGAUGAAGACUUCCAUGUCUAUAUAUACACAUGGAGGCUUCUAUAUAAACAUGUACUCAGAGAGCUGAAGUAGAGAGUCAGAAACAAGCAGACUGCACCUCUUCCAGCACUGACAGCAUCACAUACCGCUUCCUGAUCUCCAUCAUGAGCCUCAUCUCUCCGGUGCUGCUUCUGCUGGCUUUCUCUGGAUGUUCCAGUGAAGUCGUACCUGAUUUUACCGAGACAUGCCCUGAAUUCUUUGCUAUGCCAGGAGGAACUCUGUUUCCUCCAACUAUAUUUACAGGAAAUAAUUACAAACAGAUCUGCCAAAAACGAGAAGACACACAUGAAUUUGCAACACUGUAUGACACAGAAAACAGGAUCCCCGUGUACUCAGCCUACAGGUUUGAAGGUAUCAAGCAUUGUAAAAGACAAAAGAUCUGGUAUAUUGAACCCCAGCUUGAAGCCCUCGGCCCAAAUAUGGCAUCUGAAUCCAGCAAGCUCAAGAUACAAAAUCAGGCUACAGGUGAAGACUACAAAAAUUCAGGCUAUGACAGAGGACAUCUGGCUCCAGUCUACCAUUCCAGGUCACAGAGCUGCUCUCAUGCCACCUUCACCCUCACCAACACUGCUCCACAGAACAGCUCUUUCAACCAAGAUCAGUGGAGGAUUACAGAGGAAGCUGUGGCUCAAACUCUGAACAGUACGUGCUUACCAAAUUCGGCUUAUAUUGUCACUGGGGUGGUUCCUGGCCCUGAUAAAAUAAAAAACAGAGUUUGCAUUCCAAGUCACUUCUGGACCGCUUACUGCUGUCUAGACAAUAAUCAGCAAGUGAUAGAUUCACAUGGUUUCUUAGGAGAGAACAUAAAUGACCCAGUGCAGAAUAUGACAAUCAGGGAUCUAGAAGGAAAGCUGACUGAUCUGUAUGGAAAAGGGGCUUUCCAUAUAUUUGGUGGGAAGUGUAAGAAAAUUAGCAGCACUCUUCGUAGGUUUCCCUCAUAUGAUUCUGUGAAAGACCAUCUUCUGCAUUGCCAAGAAAGGCAUUCAACUGCUAAAGAUUUUCUUACAUGUGUUGAAAGAGUGCAUCGGAGGAAUCGCUGGAAGAAUUCUCAUCGCCAGCUGAGACCUUUAGGAAAAUACUCUUUCAGAAUAUCAGAAUCUUCAUGAAAACUGUGUUAAGUGGGUACUAAGAAGAAUUUUUCAGAACAGUUGGUGAAUGAGGCCCAUUGUUCUCAUGUUCUUAGGUAUUAUUUGCCCUUUUUUAAAUGAAUCACUAACAGUAAAUGCAAAAAUUGUACAUUAACCCUUAUCUAUGAAGAAGAAAAUGAUUAUUAACAUCACAGUAGAUGUAUAUAUGGAUAUCUAUGCAUCUUGUGCAUUUUCCUCAAUACAAAUUAUAGAAUAUUUCAUUAAACUUCAUUUAGCGUUUUUAAAAACUUAGUCACUCCUGGUCAAGUGACAUGUUUUGUUGAUGUUCUAAGUGAACAUUAGUGAACACACCCUCUGCAAAAAGCACAAUUAUGCAAAUUUUGUAUAACUUUGUUUAAAUUAAUCUGUAAUCUCAUCUUUUUCUGCAUUUUAAUCACUCAAUUUCUGUCAAUAAAUUCUCUUACAGUA